GAUAAAAGGUUGUGUGAUAUAAAUAUGGCCAAGUUUGUUUCAGGAGUGGGACUACAGUUACAGUGGUAUCGGCUGCAUUAAUUCAGAAGGUCCUGGUUCGAGAUCGUACGAGCAAACGCACAAUUAACUGAUUUUCACCUCUCUAGACGGUCCUAGUGAGUGACUCCCGAAUCUAUUCGCAGCUGCUCAGCUCUCCCCCCCCGCCCCCCUCCGCUCCGGAUUUGGGAAAGAAAAAAAACAGCAGCUGUAACGUUAUAACAAUUUGGAAAAACGCGACUGGGGCAUGCUGUCAGUCGUGGACAAAUCUGUGCCGAAUCAAAGCCAGGAGAGUCAUGGCUGAGGACUACUGGGAGAGCAGAGUGGCUUUGGGAUAUUAUUGUUAAGAUUACAAGGGCAUACGGGAUCUCGCGUCUUCGGCCGAGCGAUUGAACAGUGGCUGCCCCUCCGCCCCCCGCGUCUCGACCCCCCCUGCCCCCCCUGAUGGACCGCAUGAGGAAGAUCAAGCGGCAGCUGUCCCUCACGCUGCGGGGGGGCAGCGGCGGGGAGAAGAGCCUGAGCGAGACCAUCGCCUCCCAGGACACGGCGCACAGCGACUCCGACGCCAUGUCAGUGAGGGGCAGUGGCGGCGUGCGGGGCGCAGUGAGGGGCGCGGGGCGUGCAGGAAGCUCCUUCAGCAUGCACUCGCUGCUGCAGUCCUACGGCCCCACCCUGCGCCGACCCCGCGGCCUGGGCCGCAGCCUCAGCUCCUAUCUCAACCACACCACACGACUGGAAAUAGUCCAUGAGGAUGUGAAGAUGGGUUCUGAUGGGGAGAGUGACCAGGCUUCAGCCACCUCCAGCGACGAAGUGCACAGUCCUGUCCGCGUGAGACUGAGGAACAACCCAGGCCGCAAGACCAACACUCAGGACAUCAACAAGCGCCUGUCCCUGCCGGCGGACAUCCGCCUUCCCGACGGCUACCUGGAGAAGUUCAGCCUGAACAGCCCGCUGUUCGACAAGCCCCUCAGCCGCCGGCUGCGGAGGGUGUCGCUGUCGGAGAUCGGCUUCGGAAAGCUGGAGACGUACGUGAAGCUGGACAAACUGGGAGAGGGGACCUAUGCUACUGUGUACAAGGGCCGCAGCAAGCUGACGGACAACCUGGUGGCCCUCAAAGAAAUCCGCCUGGAGCACGAGGAGGGGGCGCCCUGCACUGCCAUCCGAGAGGUGUCCCUGCUGAAGGACCUGAAGCACGCCAACAUCGUGACUCUGCAUGACAUCAUCCACACGCAGAAGUCGCUCACGCUGGUGUUCGAGUACCUGGAUAAAGACCUGAAGCAGUAUUUGGACGACUGCGGCAACUGUAUCCACAUGCACAACGUCAAGCUCUUCCUGUUCCAGCUGCUGCGUGGGCUGAACUACUGCCACCGGCGCAAAGUCCUCCACCGGGACCUCAAACCGCAGAACCUUCUCAUCAACGACCGCGGGGAGCUCAAACUGGCCGACUUCGGUCUGGCCCGGGCCAAGUCUAUUCCCACGAAGACGUACUCCAACGAGGUGGUGACGCUAUGGUACCGCCCCCCCGACAUCUUGCUGGGCAGCACUGACUACUCCACCCAGAUAGACAUGUGGGGAGUAGGGUGCAUCUUUUACGAGAUGUCCACCGGUCGGCCCCUCUUCCCCGGCUCCACAGUGGAGGAGGAGCUGCACUUUAUCUUCAAGCUGCUGGGCACACCCACAGAAGAAACCUGGCCUGGAAUCACCUCGAAUGAGGAAUUCAUCUCCUACAACUACCCCCGCUACAGACCCGACUGCCUGCAGAACCACACCCCGAGAUUGGACAGUGAAGGAGUAGACCUGCUCUCCAAACUACUACAGUUUGAGGGAAAGAAGCGCAUCUCUGCAGAGGAGGCCAUGAAACACCCCUACUUCCACAGCCUGGGAGACAGAGUGAUCACACUGCCAGACACUACUUCUAUAUUUGCACUUCAAGACAUUCAGCUGGAGAAGGAGCCAGGGAUGAGAACCAGCUCCUUGUCUGAUUCAGAGCUUCUGCAGCGAUGCCUAAGGUUCCGCCAGUCCUUAGUGAACAGCAUAUCCCGGCGGCAGAGCCUGCUCUUCUGAAAGGAGGAGAAGAAGGAAAGAGCGAGAGAGAGCAAGACGCUGACAGACAUUUCCGCAUGUGAUGAAGGGAUACAUAUUUAAUUUUUAUCUCCUUUUUUUUUUGUUGUUGUUGACAUUUUCAUUUUUUUCAUUUUUCAACUGUGUUAAGGGGUCCUGUGAUGUUUUUGUGUAAAGGGGGGGUGGGGGGUUUCUAGCUGUUUACAUUUGAGAUGAGGUAGAGGGUGGGGGUUUUUACAGCAAUAUUCACUACCCCCUCCCAUGCACCGUAUACAAGUUUACCAUGACAAUCGCACACUUUUUUUUUACCAUCCUUUUCCCCCUGUGUUUACUGCUAAUGUGUGAAAAGCCCUGUGUUUUCUUAAUAACACAGUCGACUGUGUUACAUGGCGCUCACUCACAAAUCUGGUAUACCUGCUUAAUACAGGUAUGAAAAAAGGUAAGGUGGAAACAAACCUUAACAGCAGGUUGGAGGGGUUAAUGCGCACAGACUUAUAUCAUGUCAUUGCUGAGUAGGCAGAAGCAUUGAUUCGAACUACGAUGACUCAGUAAUUAUUGAUGUGGGUUGCGCAAUAACCCCGAUACCCUGGGAAUGCGAUGUGUUGCCAUAGUUACAUAAAGCAGUUAUAUAAAACAAACAAAAUGCAAUAAUGAUGACAAUAAUAAUAAUGAUAAUAAUCAAAAAAGAAUUAUGCAGAUCAGGGUCAAAUCUGGAGGGGGGGAGAAGGUGGUGAAAAAUCACGCAGGUACUGUUGAGAAGUGAAUGUCUUGGAGGGACUCUUCCUCAAACCAGUCUUCCUCGGUCCCUGAUUCGUCAGACAGCAUUUCUCUUUGCACAUCCCUCUUCGCAUUGAAAACCAACCGCAGCAUGUACCAGCUGAAUGCGGCUUGAAUUCCAGUGCAGGUUUUUGGCACGAGUCCAGUAUUUUCUUUCUGUAAUUAAUUAACUGCCACUCAACUGAUCUAAUGCCUAAUUUCUUACAUACCAGUUUGCAUGGAAUGCAGAAAUCUCCUCUACAUGUGGAGAUUUUGGAGAACUGCGAGCAGAGUGAAGUCUACAUGUUAGUCACAGUUCACCCAGUCCACAGACUUCACAUAAGGAAGACCCUAUAAGUGUUUACAGUCGUGUUGUACCAAAUCCCUGCUCUGGAAUGAAUGUAAAGGUUUGCUUUUCCAAGUGUACAACGACAGGCCAGUCCGCUCCCUUCAAACCAAACUCCCGCGUCGUCAGCGUCGGUACGAUUUGCGCAGAACCGGAAGCGGUCUGUCAGAGAAACACGAACACGUUCUUUGCCUUUUUUUUUUUUUUUUUUUUUUGGAUCCCUGGGUGAGUUAGUUGUAUGAUGAAAGGACGCGUGGAAAGGGACCUGCUCUUUUCGGAGUGAUCGGAUAGUCUCUCACUCUCGUGAGGGCACAAUCUAAGGAAUUACCCAUGAGCGCUGAGAUGGCGGGUGGUUUCUUCCAGGAUUGGCCAGUGCCAGCUCGUGCAGCUCACACAGUUGGAAUAAUAAUGUUUGGGCGAUGGUUGGGGUAGGGCAAGGGAACAGAAUCUGAGUGACAGUUUAAUGAAUCGGCAAUGUAUGAAAUCUGUUGAGGUCAAAGCGAAAUGUGAAACAUUGAUAGUCCAUCACCCUUCAAAAUAACACCUGCCGAGGCGGAGGUGUUUUCGGACAUUUUGAUAACACUGAGUCUGUGACCAGUUUCUAGCAGGGUGUUUUUGAGAAUUUUUACAUUUCAUUUGGGAUUACUCAUUUGUUUUCUCUUUUUUUAGGUAUUGGUUGUGACCCACAGAAAGGGGGGGUGAGAGCUGGAAGUUAAAUUGGUAACAUGAACGAUCUGUGGUGUCUCAUUGUUCAAAGUGGGCAAACGCAAGAUGAUAUAUUGUGGAAGAACCUGGUUAAAUGUAAAUAGCCUGAGAACGCUCAUUCAGAGUGUGACAGGAUACUGUGCAAUGAGAGGGCCUCUUAUCAAUACAUUAUUGUGAAAAUAUGAGAGUAACUUUGUGUUGUUAUAAUUAUCAUUGAUGAUAAUAUUGUUAUUUUUUUAUUUUUUAAGAAGAAAAACAGUUGCUUAAUCAUAGGAAACCUAUUUGGUAUAGAUAAUUUGGUUUUUUUCUGAUGUUUGUUGUUUCUUUUGAAGGUGACUUUUGGGAGGGCUAAAAUGGCUGUUCUUGGCUGUUAAAGUGGUCUCCUGCUCCACUGCGCAAUAACUGACUGUGUUUAUACCUUGCAUUUUUCAAAAUUCCCAAUGGAUUAUAAUUACUGUAUGACAGGCGUGGAAAUGCAGUUCAUCAAACACAGUCGAGGUCGGCAGCACUUACACGUUUGUCCUGGAAGCUGAAUUUAUCGCCCGUUUUUUUCUCUUUUGUACUGGACUCAAUCGCUGAAAUUUUGAUAUCAGACUUUUUGAUAUCAAGAGUUUAUUCUUCGUCCAGAGUGGCAUUACGUGUCAGCUGUGUAGAGCCAAUAAUGUAAAACCUCUAAAGUAAAGUUAUCAUUUACGCAGGAUUUCAUUUCAUUGAACAGUGUGUCUCAAAGGUGAAUAUCUAAACUGAGAUCUGAUUUAUUAAAAUAUUUUUAUUUUAGGUUCAUCAGUUUAGGUUCACCUGUGAGCAAAAGGUUACAGAGAAGAAAAAGGACAAUUAUAUUUUGUGUAUUUCUGUAGUGCAUCUGUAUUGUGUCUUUUUUUAUGACCUCUUCAUUUGGCGCAUUAUUAGCAACCAAUUUCGUUGCAUAUUUUGUUGUGUGUGUGUGUGUGUGUGUGUGCAUGCAUGUAACUCGGAGAGAGAAUUAGGUGUGCUGAAGUAUACCUGUAUACCAUAUAUACCUGUGUGUGUGUGAGAGAGAGAAAGAGACAGAUUCAUCAGCCAAACGUUUGAAAACCAUAUAGACACACCCAAAAAAAAAGCAAUAUCUGAUGUAAAUGCACAUUAUAUUUGCCAGAUAAUAGACACUGACAUCUGACACAGAUUGUAAUUUCUAUCUGAGGUGCAGUUACAUUGAAAAGAAAGGGCUGGGGGAUUUGCUUAAUACAACGUUGUGUAAGUAUUUAUAUUUAAGUGGGCGUUUAGGCCUUAGGCAUGGAUGUACAGCUACCAACAAGUUUUUGAAAUGUGGAAGAGUAAUGUAAAUGUUAAAAAAGAAAAAAAAAAAAAAACUUUGUGGGAGGGGAAUGCUGAUGUUGACUCCAUUCCGAUCAAAAACAUGGCUACACUAUAUUUCACAAUGUCCCCUUUCUCUUUUAUUGUAGUAGAGUUUAUAUAUUUUUUAUUUCUUGUAAGUUUCUCUUCAUUUUUUGAAAAUGGUACACUGUAGGUGUGGCAGUUGUGAAGACAAAUCUCUGUGACUACAGGUGGUCAUGGUAACCCGGGCGUGGGACAGGACCUCGCCGAGGACGCUAUCCGCGGCUAGCUGAGCGCCCGGAGCGAAUUUGGAAAGCGCCGUCCCGGUAUUUGUGUUUAAGAAACAACGCAUAACUCAUUUAUUUUUUUUAUUUCUUUGUGGGGGAGGUAACGCUAGGCACUCAGCCACUUCCACCUGCCGCUGCUAACCAUCACAAACCAUCGAGUCACUGGUCAUCAUACAUGUAGAACACUCAAAAAUUAAUUUCAUAUAACUUCUCAUGGAGUGAGCAGAUUUUCUGUAUAUACUAUUUCUUGUUUAAUUGAUCCUGGGCAGUGAUUGGUAAGAGCAGGCAUCAAAAUUGUUUUUUUAUAGUCAUUAAUUAUACAAUCCAUGAAGCAAUGGAUAACAUGGUAAUUUGCUCUUCCCAAAAUUCUUUAAUAAAGCUGGCAUUGGUUAAAUUAAAACAAGUUCACUAGUGCCAGUGCUUGGCACAGAGUGUAAUCUAAAGGUGUGUUGGAUGGCUGUUGGACUCAGUUUAAAAAAAUUAUUUUGACUUAAUAUUUUGCUUACUUCAGAUUGUAACCAAAUGCUUGCAAUAAUGGCAGGCAUCCCUGUUUGGACAUACAUUGGGCACAUUUUGGAAUGUGUGUUCCUGGUUCCUCCUCAGUAGCUGUGAGGAUUUUUCUAACCAGAAUGCCAGGUUAUUACGGUCAUACAAGCACACUUUGUAUUUGCAUAACUUCAGCCAACAUCAGUACUCAUUCUGGUAAGAAGAGAGAGUCACACUUUACAUUACAGUGACUCUACAUCUGUGUCAUUACUAAUUAAAUAUUAUGCAAAUGGACCCUUGUUAGAUAGUCCUUAUUUUGCUGAAAAUUCCCAAUAUAUUUCAUAUAAAUAUAUAUAUCGUAUGUAAUAACUACAUAAUACAUACAUGUGUAGUUACACAGGUAUAAUACGCGGUAUGGUAAAGGUACUACUGAAUUUUAUUUGUUUACGUAGGAAGGAUGCUUCUUUUCAAACUGUUUUUGAAUCUGAAAACAGUCCAGUGCUGCCUCAGUAUAAUCUACAAAUUCAUAAAUCAAUAUGACUGUGAAUUAAAAAGCCUCAGUGCCCAUUCCAAAAAUAUAAUUGCCAUCAUAAUUAAGCCAAAGUAUGAAGUUGGGGGGAAUUCAUUUGUUUUAUAAAAUUUAAUUUAAUUUAUUAUUAUUUUUUAAAUCUUAGGUUAUUGUCACACGUCAAAUUCUGCUUCUCAUAUGUAAACAUUUCCAAUUCAAAAACAUGCUUAAUGUUUAAACAAUUUGUCUUUUCAGGAUAUUUAUUUUAAAGUGAAUUACAUAUUUGAAAUGUUAUAAUAAUGGAUAUUUAUAGCUGUGAAUAAAAAGAACAAUAUAAAUAUGAAUAGAAUUUCCUUCAGUUCAAUGUAUAUUGCGCAGCAACUUUCUGUUCUUGGCUGCCAUUGGCUUUUGCAACUGUCCGAUACCAAAGUUAUCUGCAAGCUUGCAUGGUAUAUAAUUCUUCCACAUUUUGCUCAAAAGCAAUUUGCUAGCUAUGAAUUUCUUAUUAACUGGUCCAUUUAUUUCAAGUUGCUGCAAAAUAUAGAUUACUGUAUUGUGCCCAAAUACUUGUGGAAUUCAAGUAUGAAAACAAUAUUUUCAUUAUUCUUGAAUAUAUAAAUGCUGUAAAAACAAAAAAUAUAUAUAUAAUAUGUUGUUUUAUUCAAUGUAUUCAAAAUAUAUCGUUCAAUAAAACAAUGCAAAUUUCUCAA